CUGUUCUUUUAUUUUUUCAGUCUGUGAUUGGUAGAACUUCCCAAGAUAUUAAAAAUAGCUUCAAGUCUUCUCCAAAGUUAUCUGUGUUGGUUUACUGGAUGGUGGGUUUUACUGUGGUUUACAUCUUCUCUUCCUUCAUUGUGUUAGUGCGUGAUGUACUACAACAAAAAUCUAGCCGAUAUCUUCCAUCACUGUAUGACUUGGAGUACUCUGCAGUACAUAACUUCAUAAUGUCAUCAGUUUUCAAGGAAGUAAAGGAAGUGUUUGUGUUUUUCACUCUUUAUGUGGCUGUUACAUGGCUGAUAAUCUGCUUCCCUGCUUGGUCUAUUACUAAGUAUUUACCUACAGUCCUACCUUUCUGUAUACCACUUUCUAGUGAGGAACUAGUGAGUGAAUUGUCUCUGGAAAUAAUAAUCCUGCAAGUUUUUCUGCCAUUAAUGUUUGAUAAAGAACUGUUUUACCAGCUCUUUAAAUCAUUCAUCAGUGCUUGGUUAUUCAGUGUAUUGCAUCAUCUCGGUAUUCAUCUUUAUUUCUUUGGAACAAGAAUAGUUUCUAAGCAGAAAAAUAAAGAACAACGUAAUGAAAGUUUCCCCAAAGAAGAACAGAUGUGGGUACACAGUGAUGAACAAACACCUGAAAAGGCUUUCUCUGGCAAAUACAACUCUGAAUCACCCUCAUUUAUAUCAUUAAGGAUUUUUCUUUUUCUAGCACUAGCCAGUCUAAGCAUGAUUACAAGUGGCUUCCUAAUUUUAGUGAUUCCUGUGCUGUUGGGACGUAUGAUUUUUGACAAGUUUCUGGGAAAACCCAAUGCCCAUGAUGCAUAUACUAUUACUUGUGGUUUGUUUGUAUUAUGGAUGGGUUUAAGACUUGUCAAUUUUAUGUACAAAGAUUACCAGAAAGCUCUGCAAUCAAACUGUAUGGUAAACACAGUGAAAAGUUGGCUGAUUAUUACUUUGAAGUCACUUACUGGAAUGUUCUUAGUACUAGGCAUUUUACCAUUGAUAUUAGGACUUUUCUUCGAGCUGGUUUUUAUAAUACCAUUUCAGCUACCUUACAGUGAAGCACCAGUAUUUUAUAUAUUUCAGGACUGGAUCAUUGGAGUUCUUCAGAUCAAGUUGUUAGCUGCUGUUAUCCUCACAAGACCUGGCUGGUGGUUAGCUCACAUAACUGAUCAGAUUUGCUCUCAUGGGUUUUCACAUGUUAGUCUAAGAUUUGUAUGCAUUAACUUGGUUUUACCUGUUGUACUGGCUCUGGGGCUGGCUUUGGCCCUUCCUUUUCUGAUAUCCACAUCUUUAGUUAUUCUAUUUGAACUUAGUUAUGAAACAAGAAAUAGAAUACUUCGAAAAUUCUACCCAGUUGUGCUCGGAACAGUUACAGUUUCUCUUGUUCUGAACUACCUACUGAGAAGACUGAGUAGGAUGUAUAAGAAGUACUGUGAUGAGAAGUACAUAAUUGGUCAUUAUUUAGUCAACUGUGUACAAGAUGAUGGUGAUCCCCUACAUCAGUAGAAAAGUUCGACUAUAUUAUUUAAAAACAAGUGGAUUAUGUGCUGUCCGUUUAUUGUUGAAAUUUAUCGCCAACGGGUCACGGACACCUACUUUAAAGAAUCCGCCCCCAUAAAAACCUGAGAAAGUG